AUUCGCUUGACUGUUCAGCCAUCAUUCAACUUAACUUAAACACCCAUCAUAGCUUUCCCCUCCACACUCUCAACAUCCAUCGCUCUUGCAGUCCCACAGCUACCUACAGACUAACAUCUUCGUGUCCUCUGGCUGUUGCAGCAACCAUUCAAUACCGCGGCUCCCUGCGACAACCACUCUAUCUCCACAUCCAUCACUUCCCAACUCACUCGCCUUCUACAUACAACUAACCCUCCAUCCACAACCCCAUCCACAACCCCUCCCCACAUACUCUCAUCCCAGUUCUUCCCAACCACCCCAUAUCGGUACCGGCAAUCACCCCAUUCAUUACCCGCGAUUUAAUCCCCCUCCACAAAGAAAAGAAACCUAGAACACCAUGCCUCCCGCAGCUUCGCAGAAAGUUCUUACUUACGACGUUCAGGAACGCGUCCUCUGUUUUCACGGCCCUAUGCUGUAUGAAGCCAAGGUGCUUGAAAUCACCAAGCCAGAGGAUAAGAAGGAACCUACCAAGUAUAAGAUUCACUACAAAGGCUGGAAGAAUACAUGGGAUGAAUUUGUGCCCGCCGAUCGCCUACGUAAAAUGAACGAGGAAAACCUUCGGAUGCAAAAGGAACUCAACGAGAACUCGAAGCCGUCAAAGAACAAGACCGGAGCCACGACCAACGCGGGUGGAGGAAGUGUGGCCGGAGGAGCAGGCGGAGGGCUCGACGGAAAGACAAAGGGAAAGCUCAAUUCGAAGGCUGGGUCCGAAGACCCUGGGACCACACUCCCGCCGCGUGGUCAGAAGCGAGGCCGCGAGAUGGAGAUUGAAAAGGAGGAAGACUACCUCAAGCGCCACGACGUCAGGAUCGCCAUACCGGAUUCCCUCAAGGCGCUUCUGGUGGACGACUGGGAGAACGUCACCAAGAAUCAGCAGCUGGUGCCUCUGCCGAAGGAUCCGAACGUUACGCAAAUCCUCCAGAAGUACAAGGCCAGUCUACCUAAGAAACGCCCCGGAAGCGCCGAGUCGGAUAUCUUCGACGAGAUCAUCGCGGGAUUGAAGCUCUACUUCGACAAGAGCUUGGGAACCAUCCUCCUCUACCGCUUCGAGAGACAGCAGUUCCUUGAGAUCCGCAAGGAACACCCCCACAAAGAUCCGAGCGACAUCUACGGUGCCGAGCACCUCUUGCGGCUCUGUGUUUCAAUGCCAGAGCUGCUGGCCCAUACCAACAUGGACUCUCAGGCCAUGAGCAAGCUCCGCGACCACAUCGAGGAGUUUGUAAAAUGGCUCGCCAAGGACCCAACGCAGUACAUUGCAAACAAGUACGAGAGCGCGAGUCCUCGGUACAUCGACCUGAGCCGUGGUGGUUGAAAAAGCCACCCGGGAUGCAUUGCGGGGGUUUCUUUCUUUUUUUGCUUUUUUUUGUAUUCUAUCUAAUUUGUUUGGUCUGAUUGAGAGAUUUUUUUUUACUGGCGUUUGGAGGGCGUACGAACAUAGCAUCUUCUCGUAAAUUAUCUUGUUCUCUCUUAUGUUGUCUACUACUGUUGUCUACUGCUGUUGUAGGGGUAUUUACUAGGGACUGGGAGGAGUUAAGAUUUGGUUCACUGUACAUCACUCGCGUCUGUCUGCUCCAUGGUGAAUUUGGCGUAAUACGCAACGGCUCCUGCCUUCCGUAUGGUGGUGUUUUCUACCUACAUUACCCGAGAAUUAACC